AAUGCCCAGUUGCUUGUUUGACCGCAACACUAUCCCUAAGUCCGAACAAAGCCCUUUAUCUCUCUCAUUCGAUAGCGUCGCGGAAAUUCAUUUCGACCUCUUUCACACGAUCACACUGUCUCUGAUUUCUCACUCUCACCCCUAGGAUUUUCUAUCGGAUCAUGUAGUUUUUGAUUAGUGGCUUCUUGAUUCUAAUUUUGGAUCCAAGGAGUGGUUUUUGUUUGUGGGAAAUCUGGAAUUUCGUUUUUUUCUUUUUGUUCGGGAUUGAAUCGAAAAUGACGGUGGCGUCGGAUUCUUCUCCAGAGUGUUUCAGCCGGAUGAUGGCUUCGAUGCCGGGGUUUCGGUUCCAUCCUACCGAUGAGGAACUAGUCAUGUACUAUCUGAAGAGGAAGAUGUGUAGGAGGAAGCUGAAGCUCGAUGUAAUUCGUGAAAUUGAUGUCUACAAGUGGGAUCCUGAGGAAUUGCCUGGGCAGUCAGUGCUGAAAACUGGAGAUAGGCAAUGGUUCUUUUUCAGCCCUAGAGAUAGAAAGUAUCCUAAUAGUGGCAGGACUAAUCGAGCAACAAGAUAUGGAUACUGGAAAGCAACAGGAAAAGAUCGUAACAUUACCUACAAUUCUCGGACAGUUGGGGUGAAAAAGACCCUGGUUUUCUAUAGAGGUAGAGCACCACAUGGUGAGCGAACUGAUUGGGUUAUGCAUGAGUACACAUUAGAAGAAGAAGAAGUUGCAAGAUGCCAAAAUUUUAAGGACUAUUAUGCCCUUUACAAGGUGUUCAAGAAAAGCGGACCUGGUCCUAAAAAUGGUGAACAGUAUGGUGCGCCAUUUAUAGAAGAAGAAUGGGGAGAUGAUGACUUUGUAGAUGUUAAUGUUAAUUCAGCUGAUGAGGCUCCAAUUUCACAAGUUGAUGAGGGUCCUUCUGUUCACACUGGGACUUGUAAUGGUCAAGCGCAGCCUUUGUUUGAUCUUGACCUUGAUGAGGUCUUGAAAAGAAUGAUGGAUGAGCUGGUUCCUGACCUGCCUUCACUGUGUCCUGCCUUACCUCAGGUUCCUGCUGAAGAUGUGCUCGAUCAAAUUUCAAAGGAAAGUGACAAUUGCAGAGCCAAUCAAAAUGUUUCAUUCAAGCGGUCAUUGCUAUGACCCUACCCAAUCAGCUACCGCUCACAUGCAUGUUUCAGAAGCACCUGAAGUCACUUCUGCUCCCAGCGUUCAGUUAGAGGAGCCUCUCUUUCACGAGGAUGACUUCUUGGAAAUGAACGAUCUCAUUGAUCCUGAACCAGCAUUGCCA